UGAAGUAAUGGAAAUUUCAAUAGUAGAGUUGUGUAAGUUUCAUUAUGAUUGGUUCAAAUUUAAGAAUAAUGCAUAAAUGGAAGAAGUAUAUUUAUAAUCAUCAAAACAGACAGAUUAAAGACAAACUGUUUUUGAUUUUAAAAAUAAAGUAAUAGAAUCAUCUGUAUAUAUUCAAAAUUUAAACAUAAUAACUGAAACAUGAUUGAUGUUAUUAUUCUUGAGGCAGUUUCAUUUCUUGGCGGAAUUAAAAUUUCAGACAUAUUUACAAGCGGCAUUACUGACUAUUUAUGGCGCCAGGAAGUCAAGAAAUCUUUAAAAGAAAUAAAAGACAAAUUAGAUGGUCUUUCGCAGGUAGAUCUUCGUUCGAGUAUAGACUUUUUGGAAGAAGGAAUUGUUGAACUUUUUCUGUGCUUUGACAAAGUGAAAAAUUUUGAAUCGAGAGAACGUACAAAAGAAAAUAAUGACGACAUUUCAACGGCAACGUCCAGUUCCAAUAUGCGUAAAGCUUGGAGAGCAAUGGAACAACUCAUUCAAGAAAAUAAAAAUUUAGAGACUGGGUCAAUUAGCUUUGAAAAUGCAAAGAAAGUAUUUUACACAUCCCGGGAAGCAGCAACGAAGGCGUUCAACAACGAAAAUUUAAGCUUUGAGAACAGAAUAUUGGCUGUAAAAGUUAAGAUCGUGGCAAUAUUUUUGGAGCGCCUUGAUUGCCCAGAGGAAGCCAUUGAGUUGUGUUUACAGUAUAUGAAAAAGCUACAUCAACUGGACGAAGUUCGUAAAACGUUCUCACUUCACAUCAAGGGUGGCUGGAGAGCAAAAUUGAGCAAUAUAAUAGACGACAGAAUGAAAAUUAUAAAACCCGUGAUGCUCAUCAACCGUCAAUUGUAUGACUUUAUUGCGAGUAUCAAAUACUAUAGUAGUCAUGUAUGGGAUUGGCCAACUAUUGAACAUGAAGGACUGUUGUUUAACCCCAUAUUAGACUGGCGAAAGAUCUCCACCACAAAUUCUUGGGGUGAAGAUUUGAUUGCAUCUCCAAACGAAUUCGAAUUUGGCUUUUUUAUCGGACCACAUUUGCGAUGUAUUAUGAGUUGGGAUGUUAACAGUCGUGGUGAAAUCGUAAGUGGUAUUAAUAACGUAAUUAGUCUUCGUAAGCCAUAUGUUAAUUUAGGAAAGCGAGGUUUUACACUUGAUGACGUUUAUCAUAAAUAUCCAAAUAAUGACAAUACGUGGAUCAGUGCUUUAUCAGUGGAUCAAGAGGAUAACGUGUAUGCAAUACGAAUGGUUGCUUAUUUUGAUGAAGAAAGAUUUGAGAAGUCUUUUCAUAUUUUUGAUAAAAAUCUAUCCAUGAAACAUAAAGUGGACAUUCAGUCUAGUGUGGACACUCGGGGUUGUAGGUCUCCUUCUAUAGACACUCCUGAUCAUUGUUUGAAGAUCUUUAACGAUAAUGUUGUGCUGCUCGAAUCUCUAGUCAGGCGUAAUGAUUACCCUUGGACAGGUGAAGUGUUUAUUCAUGACAAGAACGGAGAAUUUCGCAAGCGUUUUUUUGCACAAGAUUAUGUGGAAGCAUUGGCUAUUUCAAACAAAAAUGAAAUCUUUCUAGCUGGAUGUAGUUCUAUCUACGUUUACACGAUGGAAGGCUCGUGGAUUAAGACGGUGACACUAUCAAUGCAAGAGAUUUAUGAUAUAGCAUUUCAUUUUGGUCAAGGCAAACUUCUUAUUUCGAGUUGGCCACGUCGUGCUAUCAUUUAUGAUCUUGACUCCGGGGAUGAAAAGGAGCUGAUGCAGGAAUAUCCUAUUAGAUAUACUGUAGUCAAAGGGCAUCCUGAUGAACCUACUUUCUUGGCCCAAGGGCCUAAGCGCAUCUUUCGAAACAGGGAUUUGUAUAAAGUUCUAUUCAUAUAACUUUAAAAAUUUUAAACUUCUUGCUAAUUUCAAAUUUAGAUUUACACAAUUAAAAUGAGAACCAUUAUUGUUGCACCAGGGGCGGAUGUAGAGUAUGUCAAAUCCGUCGCGCGACUGAUGUUUGAAAUU